CUCUUGCUGUAUUGCCCAGAGUCCGUCCAGCAGUGGGAAGAGACUACAAGUCCCGGCAUCCCUCAGUGCUGGGAGGGGCGGCUGCUCGCUGAGGAGGAGGGUGGUGGCGGGAGCAGCGCGCUCGUCGGGACCUUGCAGAGCAGGACCUCGUGAGGGGUUUAGUUGUGUAAGCGUUCAGAAUGGCUGACAAGCGGAUUUGGGAACAGAUUGGCUGCAGCUUUGUAGAACAUUAUUAUCGGCUCUUUGACUGCGAUAGAACACAAUUAAAAGCUAUAUAUACUGAUGCUUCAUGUCUAACCUGGGAAGGCCAGCAAUAUCAAGGCAAAGAUAUGAUUAUUGAGAAGUUGUCAACUCUUCCUUUUCAGAAGAUCCAACAUAGCAUUACUUCACAAGAUCAUCAGCCGACACCUGACAACUGUAUUAUCAGUAUGGUUGUAGGUCAGCUCAAGGCCGAUGACGACCCAGUUAUUGGAUUUCAUCAAAUGUUUCUACUAAAGAACGUACAAGAUUCCUGGGUCUGCACAAACGAUAUGUUCCGGCUAGCGCUGCAUAACUUUGGCUGAAUUACCUCAAGAAGAGACGGAAUAAUACUUAUUUGCCCUUUUUUUUUUUUUUUUUUUUUUUAUCAUUUUAUUUAAUUUUUUUCCUUUUUCUUUCACGUCUACAAAGGAUUUGCCAUAUCCACAGAACUAUACAAACACCAUACACUGUUUAGCAGUUGAAAGCUUUUACAACUGGGCAUGAAAGUAUUAAGCCUGAUGCAGCCUAGUUACUGGAGAGCGGCUGUUAAUUGUAUACUGGCCACAUACGCCUGACCUUCGGAGUUGUUUUGCAUUUACCAGUGUCCAAGCAUUUGGCUUUUGAAUUGGAUUGCUUUUUAUGUAAGUUCAUUUACUUAGUGAUCCAAAGAAAUUGGAAAUAAAAGAAAAAAGGCCCCAUUGA